AUGUCGAAGUCUGCGUCAAAGCUUAAACGAGAGAGUGAGAAAGCGCAGCGGCUGGCAAAACAGAUGCAGCAGACACAACAAAAAUCUGCAUCUCAGCCGGAAACAACGAAUUCUCAUUCUGAUCUGAGUGCAAGCGGUGUUCUUACAAGCCAACCAAUGAGCCGCGAUCUCCGAAUUGAACAAUAUACACUGAGUUUUCACGGGCGGAUGCUUAUUGAGGUGAGCGAAAAAAACGAGAGAUCAAGUAAUAUGAGGAAAUAUAAGGCAACUGUAGAAUUAAACCAUGGACAGCGAUAUGGGCUUCUUGGUGCAAAUGGAUCGGGUAAAAGCACGUUUUUACGUUCACUUGCAGCACGAGAUAUUCCAUUUCCAGCGUAUUUUGAUAUUUUCCUUGUUAAUGAAGCAGCACCUCCAGUUGAUAUUUCUGCACUUGAUUAUAUCAUUUCAGAAGCACGUUCUAAGCUUGCAGCGGUUGAAACAGAACUUGAGCAGCUACUUACAAAAGAAAACGGUGCUACAUCAGGAGAGACGGCUUCAACGUCAAAAGGACAGAAAGGGAAAAGAGGAACAGGAGGAAAUGGUGGAAUAGGUGGUAAUGAUUUUAAUGAAGUUUCAUCUGAUGCAUUAAUGGAUGAAUUGGUGGAACGUAUGGCUGAGCUGGACUCGGGAACACUAGAAGCCAGAGCAGCUAAUGUUUUACAUGGAUUAGGAUUUAGUGCGGCAAGAAUGAAGAUGCCAACAAAGGAAAUGAGUGGUGGGUGGAGAAUGCGUGUUUCUCUUGGGUGUGCAUUGUUUCUUCAACCGACAAUUCUUCUUUUAGAUGAACCUACAAACCAUCUUGAUCUUGAAGCGUAA